AUGUACGUGUUAAAAACGAAUCUUGAAAAGUUGCGGACGUCCUUGGAGAGUAUGCGUAGGUGCUCCAGAGGUCGGGUGCAUGGCAAUUAUGUGCCUCUACAGCGACUAGCUUUCGCUACUACCAGCGAAUUGGGUGAACUGGCGAAAGUGCAUGGACGUCUGUCCAGAUUGCUUGUACGUCUUAAUAAUACCUUCAAGUGUCAAGUUAUUGGCGAGGUACUCAGCUAUAUAAUCACGAAUGUUUCGUACUGCUACUUCAUACAUUUAGUGGCGAACAGUAUGAUAGAAACGAUUAAAAGCCCAUUCCUUUGGGUGGCGAAUUUGUCAACCGCAUUUUUGGCGCUCCUGGACAUAAAUUUGCUUUACUGGAUCUCACAUUCUACCACACAUGCUUUCCUGGAAACGGCGCACAUUCUGCAACGCUAUCGGACGUUGCCAUUUACGAGUCAAAAUCUCGAGCGGCAGUGUGAACAGUUUUGCCUGCAACUUUGGCAACAGGAAAUGCGAAUAGGUGGCAUGUUUUCGCUGAAUCGGCAGACAUCUUUGGCUAUGGGGGCCUUUAUGUUACGGCACACAAUCAUUCUAGUGCAGUUUGAUUACGAGUCGCGUAUGUCGGGAGCGAGUUCGAGUAUCACAAUAGACUCCCUUGUUGAUAUGCUUCAAUUUAGUAAAGUUUGA